CCCGACACCCUCACACAGACAUGAAUGCAGACAGAACACCAAUGUAUAUAAAAUAAAAUUUAAAAAAUAUUUUGAGUUGGGUUGUUGAGAUGGCUCACUGAGCAGAGGCACUUGCCACAAACCUUGACACCUGGAUAUGAUCCCUAGGUCCCACAUGGUGAGAAGGGAGAACUGACUGACAGGUUUUUCUCACACAUGCACACCCCUCCCCUCAGCCAGUCAGUGUAUUUUGAGUCUGGUUAUUGUGAAAGCUUUGAUUUUUCUUUUGAGCCCAGGAAACCCCAUUGCAGCCAUCCCUUUGAUACCUGGGGGCUUUGUUUCGGUAUCCUCGAGAGACACCAACAUCAACACAUACUCAAGUAUUUUGUACAGAAUGAUGCUAUGUCUGUUUAUACCUGCACACUCCCGUGCUUUUAAAGUCACCUGCAGAUCAUGUACAGUAACCAAUUCCAUGUAAAUCUUUGAUAACGUCUACCUGUCCAAAACCAGGCAAAGAAGGUAGACAGUGAAAGCUGGAGGGAACCUGGGACCUGUGGAAAGGUGGCCACUACUGCAGGCUGUGCCCACGCAUCAUUCUUGUAGAUCGAGCCUGGGGUGGCAAUGUAGCAAAUUUGAAUUUUAUUUGAAACUUUCUGGGAAUUUUUCCUCCCAAAUAUUGUCAGUUUAGGUUGACUGAAUCUCUGGACAAAAACGCUGUAAGCGGAAAAGGCCAACUAGAGGAUGGAUCCUUAUGAGGCUGUCUAGAACGUUCUGCAGUUUUGAAGAUACCUUGAUUUGGGCUUGAGGCUGGUGAGACUGUGCUGCUCAGUACGGGACAUUUGUCUACAUUGUCUGACGUGAAUCAAGAUUGCUAUCUGAGCGAGUGAUGUAGGCUUCUUAGAAUUCUCUCCACCUUCUGAGGAGAGUUUAGAAGAGCGUGUGAGCGUGGCGUUUGAAGUCAGAUUGCAGAGGGCUUGGUUCGUCCCUGUGGAAGGUGGGGCAGGCCGCAGUCACAGUCAGUCUCUGAGCUUCAGUCCCCUUACCUAUUAGUCCCCAUUUAGAGUGCACUGGAGAUGUGACAGGAAAUCGUAUGUAACAUGCUUGACACAAAGAAGAUACUCAGUAAACUGACACUUCAGCCUUGUUUUUUAUGCUGCUUUUGAAUUUGUAAGGUUCUAGAAUUAAAGAGUGAUUUUUUUUUUUUCUGCUGUUGUUUUGUUUGUUGAGACAAGAUUUUGUUGUCUUGUUCAGGCUGGUCUUGAACAUGUGAUACUCAUACCAUAGCCUUCUGAGUGCUGGCACUACAUGCACCCCCCCCCACCCCGAUACCAGGCUACAGAUUCUCUUUAGGACUUGUGAAGGGUAAAAUCCUGCUGUGUUAGGGUGGGGUUCAUAGGUACAUCUGAAUUUUCUGCCUUCCCUAGAGGUGAAAGAGAUUAUAUUGUGAGUCUCUAUCACUUAGCUGAUGCAGCCUAUGGAGCGAGCCGCAGCUUCUCGUAUCUGUGCCUCUUGACCCAAAGGCUUAGGACUCUGCUUCUUUCUCAGACCCCUGCUGUUUCUGCUGUAACAUGGAAAUGCUGAUGGUUUUUCCUAACAGGUUUCACAGAGAACACCCUGAGAGUACCACGUGCCUACAACUGCUCCCCGCUUCCCAGACCACAGCUGUGGGGAGCUUGGGGUACAGCAUACGAGAUUCUGUAUUAAGCUGCCCAGGCAGAGGAGAAUGGGGUCUCCACAGCCUGAAGAAUGAAGACACGACAGAAUAAAGACUCAAUGUCAAUGAGGAGUGGACGGAAGAAAGAGGCCCCCGGGCCCCGGGAAGAGCUGAGAUCAAGGGGCCGGGCCUCCCCUGGAGGGGUCAGCACAUCCAGCAGUGAUGGCAAAGCUGAGAAGUCCAGGCAGACUGCCAAGAAGGCGCGAGUAGAGGAGACCUCUACCCCAAAGGCCAGCAAGCAGGGCCGCAGUGAGGAGAUCUCGGAGAGUGAAAGCGAGGAGACCAGUGCACCCAAAAAGACCAAAACUGAGCAGGAGCUCCCUCGACCACAGUCUCCCUCGGAUCUGGACAGCUUGGAUGGGCGCAGCAUUAAUGAUGAUGGCAGCAGUGACCCUAGGGACAUAGAUCAGGAUAACCGAAGCACGUCUCCCAGCAUCUACAGCCCUGGAAGUGUGGAGAAUGACUCGGAUUCAUCUUCUGGCCUGUCUCAGGGCCCGGCCCGUCCCUACCACCCACCUCCACUCUUUCCUCCCUCCCCUCCACCACCAGACAGCACUCCCCGACAGCCAGAGCCCAGCUUUGAACCCCAUCCUUCUGUGACACCUGCUGGAUACCAUGCUCCAAUGGAGACACCCACAUCUCGAUUAUUCCAGGGCCCGCCUCCUGGAGCCCCUCCCCCACACCCACAGCUCUACCCUGGAAAUGCUGGUGGAGGUGUUUUGUCUGGACCCCCCAUGGGUCCCAAAGGGGGAGCAGCUGCCUCUUCAGUGGGUACCCCUAGUGGAGGCAAGCAGCAUCCCCCACCCACCACCCCAAUUCCAAUAUCAAGCUCCGGGGCCAGCGGUGCCCCCCCAACAAAGCCGCCUAAUGCUCCAGUGGGUGGUGGGAACUUAUCUUCUGCUCCACCAUCAGCUACUUUCCCCCAUGUGACACCAAACCUGCCUCCUCCACCUGCCCUAAGACCCCUCAACAAUGCCUCAGCCUCUCCUCCUGGCAUGGGGGCUCAGCCAAUCCCUGGGCAUCUGCCCUCUCCCCAUGCCAUGGGUCAGGGCAUGAGUGGACUUCCUCCUGGCCCAGAGAAGGGUCCAACUCUGGCUCCCUCACCCCACCCUUUACCCCCAGCUUCUUCCUCCUCUGCCCCUGGGCCCCCAAUGCGGUAUCCAUAUUCAUCCUCCAGUAGCUCUGCAGCAGCUUCUUCUAGUUCUUCCUCCUCCUCUGCCUCCCAGUACCCAGCUUCCCAAGCUCUGCCCAGUUAUCCUCAUUCCUUCCCUCCACCCACAAGUAUGUCUGUCUCUAAUCAGCCACCCAAGUAUACCCAGCCUUCCCUCCCAUCCCAGGCUGUGUGGAGUCAGGGUCCUCCACCUCCUCCUCCCUAUGGGCGCCUCUUGGCCAACAACAACACCCAUCCAGGCCCUUACCCUCCUACUGGGGGCCAAUCCACAGCCCACCCACCAGCCCCUACACAUCACCAUCACCAGCAGCAGCAGCAACCACAGCAACAGCAACAACAUCAUCCUGGAAACUCCGGGCCCCCUCCACCCGGAGCAUAUCCUCACCCCCUAGAGAGCAGCAGCUCCCACCAUGCACACCCUUACAACAUGUCUCCCUCCCUGGGGUCUUUGAGGCCCUACCCACCGGGGCCAGCGCACCUGCCUCCACCUCAUGGCCAGGUGUCCUAUAGUCAAGCAGGUCCCAAUGGCCCCCCAGUUUCCUCCUCUUCCAACGCUUCCGGUUCUUCCUCUCAAGCCUCCUACUCCUGCUCCCACCCCUCCUCGUCCCAGGGUCCCCAAGGGGCAUCCUACCCCUUCCCACCCGUUCCUCCAGUCACUACUUCCUCAGCUACACUUUCUACUGUCAUCGCUACCGUGGCUUCCUCGCCUGCAGGCUACAAGACGGCCUCACCACCCGGGCCCCCUCAGUACAGCAAGAGAGCCCCAUCCCCAGGGUCCUAUAAGACCGCCACCCCGCCUGGAUACAAACCGGGGUCACCACCCUCCUUCAGAACAGGGACCCCGCCUGGCUUUCGAGGCACCUCUCCGCCAGCAGGCCCAGGGACCUUCAAGCCAGGCUCACCCACUGUGGGGCCAGGGCCCCUGCCACCUGCGGGGCCUUCGAGUUUGUCAUCUCUGCCUCCACCUCCCGCGGCCCCAGCGACAGGGCCGCCCCUGACUGCCACGCAGAUCAAACAGGAACCAGCUGAAGAGUAUGAAACCCCCGAGAGUCCGGUGCCCCCGGCCCGAAGCCCCUCGCCCCCUCCCAAGGUGGUGGACGUGCCCAGCCACGCCAGCCAGUCAGCCAGGUUCAAUAAGCACCUGGACCGUGGCUUCAACUCGUGCGCGCGCAGCGACCUGUACUUCGUGCCGCUGGAGGGAUCCAAGCUGGCCAAGAAGCGCGCGGACCUAGUGGAGAAAGUGCGGCGCGAGGCCGAGCAGCGCGCGCGCGAAGAAAAGGAGCGCGAGCGCGAACGGGAGCGCGAGAAGGAGCGCGAGCGCGAGAAAGAGCGCGAGCUGGAGCGCAGUGUGAAGCUGGCCCAGGAGGGUCGUGCUCCAGUGGAGUGCCCGUCUCUGGGUCCAGUGCCCCAUCGGCCUCCCUUUGAGCCUGGCAGCGCUGUGGCUACAGUGCCCCCUUACCUGGGUCCUGAUACUCCAGCUCUGCGCACUCUUAGUGAAUACGCCCGACCUCAUGUCAUGUCUCCUGGCAAUCGCAACCACCCAUUCUAUGUGCCCUUGGGGGCAGUGGACCCGGGGCUUCUGGGUUACAAUGUCCCAGCCCUGUACAGCAGCGACCCAGCUGCCCGCGAAAGGGAGCGGGAAGCUCGUGAACGUGACCUCCGUGACCGGCUCAAGCCUGGCUUUGAGGUGAAGCCUAGUGAGCUGGAACCCCUACAUGGGGUCCCCGGGCCAGGCCUGGAUCCCUUCCCCCGACAUGGGGGCCUGGCUCUACAACCUGGGCCGCCUGGCCUGCAUCCUUUCCCGUUUCAUCCGAGCCUGGGGCCUCUAGAGCGAGAACGACUAGCGCUGGCAGCUGGGCCAGCCCUGCGUCCUGACAUGUCUUAUGCUGAGCGGCUGGCAGCUGAAAGGCAGCAUGCGGAAAGGGUGGCAGCCCUGGGCAAUGACCCUCUGGCCCGGCUGCAGAUGCUCAACGUGACUCCCCAUCACCACCAGCACUCCCACAUCCACUCCCACCUUCACCUGCACCAGCAGGAUGCCAUUCAUGCAGCCUCCGCCUCGGUGCACCCUCUCAUUGACCCCCUGGCCUCAGGGUCUCACCUUACCCGGAUCCCCUACCCAGCUGGGACCCUCCCUAAUCCCCUUCUUCCUCACCCUCUGCACGAGAACGAAGUUCUUCGUCACCAGCUCUUUGCUGCCCCUUACCGGGACCUGCCAGCCUCCCUGUCUGCUCCCAUGUCAGCAGCUCAUCAGCUGCAGGCCAUGCACGCCCAGUCAGCUGAGCUGCAGCGCUUGGCGCUGGAACAGCAGCAGUGGCUGCACGCCCAUCACCCGUUGCACAGCGUGCCGCUGCCUGCCCAGGAGGACUACUACAGUCACCUGAAGAAGGAGAGCGACAAGCCGCUGUAGAACCUGCGAUCCAGAGAGCACCCACUGCUCCUUCACCCAGACCUUGGAGGACUCCUCCAACCUUUUGCCGCACCCCCAUCCCCCCCAGAGCCGAGGAGAGGGUGCUGCCCACUCGCAGAGCUUCUGCAGCCGGGCGGAGGGAGGGAGGGAAGAAGGGACAGACAUGGUUAAGGCCCAGGGUUGUGUGGUGCAGAGGUGGGAAGUGGCGAGGGUGAGGACAGAAAGUGCACAGUAUCUUGGACCAGGUCCCUCCUCCUUAUCCCCUGCUUUUCUUCUCCUCUAUGCCCAAUCCUUGGUGGCCACUGCUCCUCCCCUAACCCAUUGGUGUGAUUCAUCUGUUAGAUGUGGCUGUUUUGCGUAGCAUUGUGUGCUGCCCCUGCCCCAUCCCCUUGUGUGCACCCCCCUCGGCGAUGUGUGCCCCUUGCCCGUCCCACAUUAAUAAUUUAUAUAUAUAAAUAUCUAUAUGAUGCUCUUUAAAAAACAUCCUGACCAAAACCAACCAAACAAAAACAUCCUCACAGUUCCCCAGGAA